AAAAUUUUUUUUAUCUAAACGGAAAAUUAAAAAACUAUUUGAUUUGAUCUCAUAGAGAGAGAGAAAAGGUGAGAGAAGCGAGGAGGAGAAGAGAGGUAGAGAGCUGCCGAUUUUCCACUCUUUGAUUUAUUUGACAAAGAGGGAGUGUAUCGGAGGAGUCUUCGUAAUAUUCUGUAGUUCGUUGCGAUCUGGCCGGACGGUGACCGGAAUCGGAUUGAUCUUUUUUCUUAUUGCGUGUGCGAAUUGCUUUUUGCGAGCGAAGAUGGUGAACUCUAUGGUGGAGAGAGCUACGAGCGACUUGCUGAUCGGGCCUGAUUGGGCUAGAAAUAUCGAGAUCUGCGACAUGCUAAAUCGUGACCCUGGGCAAGCAAAAGAUGUUGUGAAAGGGAUAAAAAAGCGGCUCGGAAGUAAAAAUCCUAAAGUUCAACUUCUUGCACUAACUCUAUUAGAGACUAUCAUAAAAAACUGCGGGGACAUUGUUCAUAUGCAUGUUGCAGAAAGAGACGUUCUCCAUGAGAUGGUCAAAAUAGUCAAGAAAAGGCCUGAUUUUCAAGUGAAAGAGAAGAUAUUGUCUCUAAUUGACACUUGGCAAGAAGCUUUUGGAGGAGCAAGGGCAAGAUAUCCACAAUAUUAUGUUGCAUACCAAGAGUUGUUGCGUGCUGGGGCAGUAUUCCCCCCAAGAAAUGAGAGGUCUGCACCUGUAUUUACUCCUCCUCAAACACAACCUUUGUCAUCUUAUCCCCAAAAUAUUCACAAUUCUGAUAGGCAAGAGACUGCUGAGUCUUCUGCAGAGUCUGAGUUCCCAACCCUGAGUUUGACAGAAAUUCAGAACGCACGGGGUAUUAUGGAUGUCCUUGCCGAAAUGCUAAACGCAUUAGAUCCUGGAAACAAGCAGGGACUUAGUCAGGAGGUGAUUGUUGACUUAGUGGAGCAGUGCCGUAACUACAAACAAAGAGUUGUACACCUUGUUAAUUCAACAUCGGAUGAGUCACUUCUAUGUCAAGGGUUAGCAUUGAAUGAUGAUUUGCAGCGCAUACUAGCAAAGCAUGAAGCAAUAGCUUCAGGAACUUCUUCUCAAGCGGACAAACCUAAGCCUGAAGCAGCAAGAAAACUUGUGAAUGUCGAUGGUCCCCUAGUUGAUACUGGGGAUAGCAGCAAGCAGUCAGAGGGGAGAUCCACCGCAAGCAAUGGUGCAAGUUCGCAACCAUUUAAUCAGUUAUUGCUUCCUGCUCCUCCUGCAACUAAUGGUUCAACUCCUCUGGCAGCAGUCAAUCCCAAAAUGGACCUGCUUAGUGGUGAUGAUUACAAUUCACCAAAGGCAGAUAAUUCACUGGCCCUUGUUCCUGUGGGAGAACCACAACAAACAACUCCUGCAUCACAGCAGAAUGCCCUUGUUCUCUUUGAUAUGUUCUCUGAUGGUAACAACACCUCCAAUUCUGCUAGCACCCAGUCUUCAGGUUGGGCUGGACAAACCAAUCCUUUGACUCCUCAAAUUCAGCAGCAGCAGAAUUUUCAUGCGAAUGGAGCUGCACCAAACAUGGGAUCACCUCGAUAUGAGCACUCAUAUGCUCAAGGCACAGGUCCUGCCUGGAAUGGUCAGCUGGUUCCACAACAGCAGCCCUCCUCACCUGUCUAUGGUGCCCAGAGUAGUGGCUUGCUACCACCACCACCCUGGGAAGCACAGGCAGCAGAUUCUAGCCCAGUUGCAGGUGCUCAGUAUCCUCAGUCAAUGGUUACUCAAGUUAGUGUGACACAUGGCCAACCUCAAGGACCUCAACAUAUGAGAAGUGAUCAGGUGGUGGGUAUGUACAUUCAGCCAAUCACAACCGGUCAUUUGUCAGCAAUUAAUAACGAGGCUGUUCAGGGAAACCGGUUUGCUGGUUUUCAUCCUCAACCAGUUCUGGGAGCACAGUAUAUGGGCAUACUUCCACAGCAAAUGGCUCCUAUGUAUCCUCAACAAAUGUAUGGCAACCAAAUGGGAGCAUAUGGUUAUGGUCAGCAACAAUAUCUUGAUCAGCAAAUGUAUGGGCUAUCCAUCAGAGAUGACAAUGUCCUGAGAAACUCUUCCUACCAGGUUUCAACUUCGUCUUACAUACCACCGAGCAAGCCUUCAAAACCAGAGGAUAAGUUGUUUGGAGACCUUGUUGACAUGGCAAAAAUAAAAUCAACGAAAACCACUCCUGGAAGAGCUGGUAGCAUGUGAACCUGAAAUUUGAUUUUUUUUGUUUUCGGAUUUUUUAUUUUACAUUUUUUAAUGGCUAACUUGUUUCCCAAUUUUCUUUUCUUUUUUUAUUUUUAAUUUCUAAUAUAUAUAUAUUCUUCACCAUUCUCUUGACUCAUAUUUUGUGUUGCAUGUUUGGCAUUGGAAUCAUGUACAUUUCCCUGUAGAGAAAAUGGAAAGAUCAACUCGUUUGGGUUAGGUUGAUUUUUUUAUUUUUUUUUUUUGUAAUUUGGUUCUCUCUCUCUCUCUCUCUCUUUUUUCUUCUUUUUUGUCUUACUUAUUGAAAUUUAAUUUUUAUUGUAAUAUAAUGUAUAUGUCGAAUUUCUUUCCAAGUUUUAAAGCUGUUAGUCAUAAAUUUCUGUAGGCCUUUUUUUUACUUUGUUAAGGCUAUGUAAUAUUUUACUUCCUGGAAUUUGCGAUUGGCUUAUUGAAUUAGAGGAUUGUCUAGAAUUCUAUUUAAAUGGCACUGGAAAAUAUUAUGGAAUUUGUCUUCUCGUUCAUACCAUGCAUUCUUGAGUUCUUGUGCACAGUUUGCCUUGCAGAAAACUCCUUAUAUUUGGUUGAUAUACAUAAUAUGUACAUUAUGCUUAGCCGAUGUUCCAGCUCAAUCAUUUAACUUUGUAUAUUGUUUAUACACACUUUUCUUUUCCAUCUCAAACUGGUAACUGCAAUGGUGGGCUUUGUAAGUUUUAAAUUAAAUUUUUGUCCAUGGAAUCAUGCACGACAAAUUCUGUCAUUCCUUAUGCAAUCCAAGCAAUCUUGAUAGACCAAAACCCAUGGAUUUCUAAUAACAAGUUGGUUGGGCGUAACAUCAGAUUGUUGUUAAAGAAAAUUCCUCUCGUCCAAUUGGGAAGGGGAUGGCUGAUUACUUAAACCGAGCAAAUCGGCAAAACAGAGACACAUUUCUUCUAUCUUCUCUUUUCUAAUCACAAAUUAAGACACACAUAUUACACAAAGUUGAGAUCUAAUUGGCUAGCCAGCCAGCAGCUUAUUCUACAUUCUACAUCGGUUAAGGACUAAUGAGGGAAUUAAACAUUCAGAAUCCCGAAUUUAAUUCAAACAUUUGAGAUCAUAAAGAUGAUACCGCCAUAAAAUUUAAUAAAAGCUUUCCAUAUAUGACAUAGGGUGAGAGAUCAUUGAUAUGAAUAAGUAAAUGUGCAGAAGUAGAACAAAAAAAAAA